UCGGGGCGCUGGGCUCGGGGCGUCCUCCCCGCGCAGGACCAUGCUCGGCAGGUCGGGGUACCGCGCGCUGCCCUUGGGGGAUUUCGAUCGCUUCCAGCAGUCGAGCUUCGGCUUCCUGGGCUCGCACAAGGGCUGCCUGUCCCCGGCGGGCGGCGUGGGGACCGGGGCCGAUGCACCUCAAAGCUGGCCUUCCUGCCUCUGCCAUGGCCUCAUCAGUUUUCUGGGAUUCUUGCUGCUGAUGAUCACCUUCCCCAUUUCUGGCUGGUUUGCUCUGAAGAUUGUUCCCACUUAUGAACGGAUGAUCGUGUUUCGACUGGGCCGGAUCCGUACCCCACAGGGGCCUGGCAUGGUUCUGCUCCUGCCCUUCAUUGACUCCUUCCAGAGGGUGGAUCUGAGGACACGAGCCUUCAACGUCCCUCCCUGCAAGUUGGCUUCUAAGGAUGGGGCUGUGCUGUCCGUGGGGGCUGAUGUCCAGUUCCGCAUUUGGGACCCAGUACUGUCUGUGAUGACCGUGAAGGACCUGAACACAGCGACUCGCAUGACGGCCCAGAACGCCAUGACCAAGGCCCUGCUCAAGAGGCCUCUGCGGGAGAUCCAGAUGGAGAAGCUCAAGAUCAGUGACCAGCUCCUGUUGGAAAUCAAUGAUGUGACUAGGGCCUGGGGCCUGGAGGUGGACCGUGUGGAGCUGGCAGUGGAGGCUGUGCUGCAGCCCCCCCAGGAUAGCCCAGCUGCACCCAGCCUGGACAGCACUCUCCAGCAGCUGGCCCUUCACUUCCUGGGAGGAGGCAUGUCCUCGGUAGCAGGAGGCCCCCCGCCUCCGGGGUCAGCUGACACCUUGGAGAUGGUGAACGAAGAUGAGCUGCCCAGCCCUCACGUGGGUACUGCGCCCAGCCUGAAGCAGCCUUUGGCUGAGGGGCUGCUGAGUGCCCUGCAGCCCUUCCUGUCUGAGGCCCUGGUCAGCCAAGUCGGCGCCUGUUACCAGUUCAAUGUCAUCCUGUCCAGUGGCGCCCAGAGCAUCUACUUCCUGGACCUCACUACAGGACAAGGGAGGGUGGGCCGCGGGGUACCUGACAACAUCCCUGACGUGGUGGUGGAGAUGACCGAGGUGGACCUGCAGGCACUGUUGUGCAGGCAGCUGCGGCCCCUGGGGGCCUACAUGAGCGGGCGGCUGAAGGUGAAGGGCGACCUGGCCGUGGCCAUGAAGCUGGAGGCAGUCCUCAGAGCCCUGAAGUAGACGCUUGGCUGAUAGUCCAAAGCCCAGCCCUGCGCCAGGCAUGGAGCCACAGGGGCAUCUUGGAAAGGAGGUGCUCUACCUCGGAUUAUUGAGGCCUGAGAAGUGUCAGGCCCGGCCAGGAGCCAGUGAAUGGAGACUGGGAGACGCCUGAGGCCGGGAGAGGCUGUGUCACAUUGCCCUGCCCUUCUCACCAGCAAUGGUGGUCUGGGCUAGUCUGCCCAUGUCAGUCCUCUGCCCAGUGCCCAGCCCUGAGCUGGGUACACAGUGCAGUGACAGGACAGCCAGCCCUGCCCUGCUCUUCUGGCACUGGACUGGAGAAACAGGGCCCACACACAGCCUGACAGCAGCUGGUUUGACCCCAGUGCAAGAGAGCGGAGCGUGUAGGCCAAGCUCCAGAGGGGAUGAUCAGAGAGGCUGGGGGUGGGAGAGGGGAGGCAGCCACCAAGAAGAGGCCUGCUGUGGGAGGAAUCUGGGGACCAGCCCAGCCUGCCUUCCUGAUUGCAGUGCAGGCCCAGGCUAGUGGGGGCGGGGUGGGAGGAGGGGGCCUGCCCCUGGCCUGGCUUCUGAAGACGUUUUGACUCAUCUACCAGCGCCCAGCUCUGUCUUGCAUGUCUGACAGGCUGGGACUCAGGGCAGCAUGAAGGAGAGCCCUGCUGUUGUGCUUCUUACAGAGAUUUGAAAGCUUCAAAUAAAUGUAAUAUUUACAAUGUGUUGGAGAGAAAUGAGGGUGUGGUCCAGGAAGAGGUUCCUGGAGGCUGAUGCGAGCCCUCGUGAUCCUCAUGAAUCACCCCAGAUCCUCUUCCUGCUGAGGGUCUCCAAGCACCUGGAGAGGAGCAGGACUCUGCUCCUCUUUACAGUUGGAGAGGUUUGCCACAAAAGGUGGGUGUGGUGUGUAAGAGCUGGUCCCCAAACAUUAAUGAGGC